CUAAACACGGAAGCCUUUGUAUAAAACCGGCUGGAUCCAUCGCGCCACUGUGACAUUAGGGGCAAACACCUGCAAGACAUUUGCAACAUUAGAAGCUAUUCUGUUAUAAAGUAACAAGACUCUGUAUUGUGAAAGAAUAAUAAUAAUACUAAUAUCAAUAAUAACAAACUCACGGAUUUACCACUCUCAAAUCUCCUAAAGAUGUUUCCUGAACAAAAACAAGGGUACACCUAUGAGGAGUACAAGGUGACUGCUGAUUGGCUGCGAGCGAAUACAGAGCACCGCCCCCUGAUUGCUAUUAUCUGCGGAUCUGGGCUCGGUGGAUUGGCUGAAAUCUUGAAGGAUCAGAAGGUGUUCAGUUACUCCGACAUUCCCAACUUCCCACAGAGCACAGUUGCAGUGCAAGGCCACGCUGGGCGACUUGUUUUCGGAACCCUAAAUGGAAAAUCAUGUGUCUGCAUGCAGGGCAGAUUCCAUCUGUAUGAGGGCUUUCCCAUCUGGCAGGUCACGUUCCCGAUCCGCGUUUUCCAGCUGCUUGGCGUGCAGACAGCCAUCGUGACGAACGCAGCGGGAGGCCUCAACGAGGACUACAAUGUGGGAGACAUGAUGCUGAUCAAGGACCAUCUCAACUUGCCAGGCUUCGCUGGGAACAGCCCUCUGGUGGGACCCAAUGACGAGAGGUUCGGGCCGCGCUUUCCCUGCAUGUCUGAUGCCUACGACCGUGACCUAAGAAAGCUGGCCCAGACUGUAGCCAGGGAACUGGGCUUCUCUGACUUCCUGAAGGAGGGUGUGUACAGCGUGGUGGGUGGACCUUCCUUCGAAACGAUCGCUGAGUGCCAUAUGCUCAAGAGACUGGGGGCCGACGCUGUUGGCAUGAGCACAGUGCAUGAGGUGAUCAUUGCUCGCCACUGUGGCAUGCGUGUCAUUGGGCUGUCUCUCAUUACCAACAAGGCAGUGAUGGACUACGACAGCAAGAGCAAGGCUAACCACGAGGAGGUUCUCCAGACAGGCAGAAAGAGAGCAAGCCAGCUGGAGAGAAUGAUCUCCAGCUUCGUCGAACGUCUGGAGCGCAACAACAACGUGUGCUGAGUCUGGAAUCUCCGCCCUCUUAACAUAGCGUCUGAAGUGAAGUGAAUGGGAGAGUCCAUGCAGGAUGGCACUUAAUGUUUUUUGAAUGUUUUUCAAUUUAUUUGCACUUGAUGAAGGUGGGACCUUGUACAGUAGAUUUUAAAUGCUAAAUGGGUAUGAGGCUUCAGAUUUUAUAUAGGUGUGCGUGUUUCAACUGAUCUAAAAUUUUUUGAGAGACAACCAGACUUUGAUUUUUAAAACAUCUUUUUUUUUUGUCGGUUUAUUAAACAAAUACUUAUUGUCACAUGUGUUUUUUUCCCCAGUUAGAAACUGGAAAACGUCAUUAAAAUGUUUGGCUCGUUUCAUAAAGUGGGCAGAAUCAUUCUUAACAGAAAGUUUUAUAAAAAUUCUUAUGAGUUAUAUAUAAAACUCUCUCUUCAGGAAUGAAUCCCUGUCCGUGCUUGAAUGAGAUUUCUCUUAACCCUAUACAUUUGUUUUGCAAAGUUAAUACCUUGCUUUGUGUUUUAUUUAACCAAUAACGCUUGCAUUGAUUUGAGUUUGCCACCAGUGUCUAAUGUGCAAUAUAUAUACAACGAUACUGUAAAUGAAGGGAUAGGGAAUGUAUUUGUUAAUUAAAUAAACUCGGUGAACAGUACUUAAUUUAUUGAACUGGUUUCAAAUCUUGGACCUCUUUUCCCAACAUUAGAAUGGGUGCUAUUCCUGGUCUGUAGAACCCAGUGAAUGUCUUUAAUAUGGUUUAAUGAAUGAUUUGUACAUGUUUUUUUAUUGGUUCCCAGAGGCAAAGAUGUGGUUAUGAAUGCUGUCAGUUGUCUGCAUAUUUAUUUAACAUUAUAUAAGUUAUGGUGAAUUUCAUUCUUGCUUAUUUAAGAUUAUUGUAAAUGGAUAUCAUGUAUUUAUGAGAAGCUGCGGGUGGAGAGGAGUUUCCUGUAAACAUCUUGAACAAUAUUAAAAUGGUGAAACAAAACCGU